ACGGCGGCGGCGGCAGAACCCAGCAGUGAUGUGGAGGUGGAGACCCACAGGAGCCCCGGACUUCACCUGAGCUACCUCAGUGGUCACCAAGGGUGGCAAGAAAAAGAAGAAAGCCCUGAGUUGGGGGGGACCAGGAUGCCUGACCGGGACAGCUAUGCCAACGGCACUGGGAGCAGCAGUGGAGGCCCUGGAGGCGGUGGCAGUGAGGAGGCCAGUGGGGCAGGGGUGGGCAGUGGCGGGGCCAGCUCAGAUGCCAUCUGUAGAGACUUCCUGAGGAACGUGUGCAAGCGAGGCAAGCGUUGCCGCUAUCGCCAUCCAGACAUGAGUGAGGUAUCCAACUUGGGGGUGAGCAAAAAUGAGUUCAUCUUCUGCCAUGACUUCCAGAACAAGGAGUGUAGCCGCCCUAACUGCCGAUUCAUCCAUGGCUCCAAGGAGGAUGAGGAUGGUUAUAAGAAGACAGGAGAGCUUCCCCCUCGGCUGAGGCAGAAAGUGGCAGCCGGCCUGGGCCUUUCACCAGCUGACCUGCCCAAUGGCAAGGAGGAGGUGCCUAUCUGCCGCGACUUUCUCAAGGGUGACUGCCAGAGAGGAGCCAAGUGCAAGUUCCGCCACUUGCAACGGGAUUUUGAGUUUGAUGCUCGGGGUGGAGGUGGCAGUGGUGGUGGCGGCUCAACAGGCCCGGUCCCCCCGGGACGACGUCAUGACCUCUAUGAUAUCUACGACCUCCCUGACAGGGGCUUUGAGGACCAUGAGCCAGGCCCCAAGCGCCGGCGAGGUGGAUGCUGCCCCCCAGAUGGCCCCCAUUUUGAAUCCUAUGAAUAUGGCCUGGCUCCACCCCGAGGGGUGGAGUGCAGACUGCUGGAGGAGGAGAAUGCCAUGCUCAGGAAGCGGGUGGAGGAGCUAAAGAAGCAGGUCAGCAACCUGCUGGCCACCAAUGAGGUACUGCUGGAACAAAAUGCCCAGUUCCGCAAUCAGGCCAAGGUCAUGACCCUGAGCUCUACUGCACCAGCGACGGAGCAGACUCUGGCCCCCACCGUGGGCACUGUCGCCACUUUUAACCAUGGCAUUGCCCAGACUCACACUACUCUCAGCAGCCAGGCUCUACAGCCUCGCCCCGUAUCCCAGCAAGAACUGGUGGCCCCCACUGGAGCUCCGGCUGCUCCCCCAACUAAUGCUGCACCUCCUGCUGCUCCACCACCCCCACCCCCACACUUGAACCCAGAGAUCACACCAUUGUCAGCGGCUCUGGCUCAAACAAUUGCCCAGGGCAUGGCACCCCCACCUGUCUCCAUGGCUCCCGUGGCUGUAUCUGUGGCUCCUGUGGCCCCUGUGGCUGUAUCGAUGGCCCAGCCUUUGGCAGGAAUCACAAUGAGCCACACCACCACUCCCAUGGUGACUUACCCCAUCGCUUCCCAGAGCAUGCGUAUCACAGCCAUGCCACACUGAGGGGGCUAUGGACACUCCCCUGGUAUAGCCUCCCAGGGCUGGGGUCGAGGGGCCCUUACCCGCUCGCCUAGCCCUCCCAGGCCCUGUCUAAAGGGCUCACUCAAGAACUAGGAUGAGAGACUACCAGGAGUUUGCUUCUGAGAAGGGGUUGGGCUGGUCUGUUUUCUCUCACCUCCCUUUUAUGAGGGUCCUCUUGUCCAUCUUCCUUCAAGCCUCACAGAGGGGGCUUGCAUAGGAGUGCAGACUGAAGCCAGCAGAGAGGAAGGACUGACCGAGGGGCUGUAUGUCCCCUGAUGGGAAGACGGGGACAUCCUGGUCUUGUCCUCUCUUCUGUAUAGCACAGGUUCCAGCACUGGCUUUGUAAGAAAAAAAAAAUACCCUGCCUAGAGGGAAAGCCAGGAAAGAUUGGGAAGUGGGUGGCCAGGAGAGAAGGCCUGAUAGGAGCCUUCAGACAAUUGGGGGCCUAGUGGAGUUGGACAAUACAGGAACUGUUCCUGGGCCCAUGGGAAGGUGGGGACCAUAGUACUCCAGCCCAAAGACGAGGGGAGCGUUCAUUACCUUGGCUUGGCCUGGAAAUCCAUAGGGCAGGGCCCACCACUUUCCAAAGAAAUAAAAAAAGAAUUAUUUUUAACAAAUGGAGGCAGUGAAAACUUGCUUAGAUAUUCUGUGUGGAAGAUGGGAGCAGUAAAUAGAUCUCAUGCCAAAAUGGGAUAAAGACCCACCCUCACAUAGCUUGGAUAAGGUUGGGCUGAGGCCACGUGUGAAGGGUAGGGACCCAGAACAAGACCAAAUGGGGCUUUGUGGGGUAAAAGCAUUGGAGCCACCUAGUCUAGUUUAAAAAUAGUCCCCUCUGUUCUGGUUUCUAUCUGCAUGUACUAUUCCCAGGAUACCUUAGUAACCAGGGCUCCUGGGGUCAUUUAGGGGGGCAGGUACUAAGGAGGGGUGGCUGUGCUGGGAAAUGGGAAUGGGAUAUAUAUUGACAGAUCCUUCCCUUAUUCAAACAGUAGGGCAGGUGGCAGUUGCUCUCUGAGUUGUUGAUGUCAGUUAAUAUCCCUCUUACCCCAUCCCUUCCUCAGUUACAAUGCCUUAAGCCUUCAAGGCUUGGGAGGUGCUGGGAAAAGGAAAGUUCUUCUGGGGACACGAGCCGCAGUGUUCAUCUCUUUCCUCUGCCUCCAAAUAGAACCACAGAGGUUUUAAAUCCAUUUAAGAGUCAGUAAGGCCAGGGGCCCCCAGAGCCAAACCUCAGUUCCUCCUCAGCUCAUGGUUGAUGUAGGGGAAACAACUCAGGUGUAUGACGGGACAGUGGAUUUGGGGUAGAGAAA